CUUGCCGAACGGGGUUAUGCCAACCGGGUAUAGAUCCCAAGCCCAGAUCAUCACCAUCCCCCGCGAACGCAUCACGCCCGAUUUCUGCUUCUCCCCUUCUCCGAUUGAAUUGUCAAAUCCUCGGGUCAAGUUUCGCGGGGGAGAUAGUUGUCAAGGCUGUCAGCUCAUGAACAAUCACAUACUGAAAGCUGGGGUAAAGGUGUUUCAAUAAGAUUGAUUGAAGAGCAGAAGCAGAAGGACAUUACCAUACGAGGAGAUACCUUUCAUUUCUAGUGUGCAUUGCAAGUUAACUCAAUGGAUACAAUGUUCUCAGCUUUUGAAACUAUGGCGAAGUUCGUCUCAGAUUGGGGAACAUUGGCUUUUGAUACCCCAUAUGCUCGAGCGGUUGUCUUUGGAGUGCCCAUCCGGGGUCAUCUGCUUGUGGAGGGCCUUCUCUUGGUCGUAAUUCUUUUCCUUCUAUCCCAAAAAAGUUACAAGCCACCUAAAAGACCAUUAACAAAGAAGGAAGUAGAUGAGUUAUGUGAUGAAUGGGUCCCUGAACCCCUCAUUCCUUCUAUUACUGAAGACAUGAAGUAUGAACCUCCGGUAUUGGAAAGUGCUGCUGGGCCACAUGCUGUAAUCAAUGGAAAAGAAGUAGUGAAUUUCACAUCAGCAAAUUACCUUGGUCUUUUAGGACAUGAUAAGCUACAAGACUCUUGUAUUAAAGCUCUGGAAAAAUAUGGUGUUGGUUCAUGUGGUCCUCGUGGAUUUUAUGGGACAAUUGAUGUUCACCUUGAUUGUGAGGCCAGAAUAGCUAAGUUUCUUGGAACUUCUGAUUCUAUACUUUAUUCCUAUGGACUUUCCACGAUGUUUAGCACCAUUCCAGCAUUUUGUAAGAAGGGAGACGUCAUUGUUGUAGACGAGGGCGUCCACUGGGGAAUACAAAAUGGCCUUCACCUCUCAAGGAGUACUAUAAUUUAUUUCAAGCACAAUGACAUGAAGUCCUUAGAGAGUAUUCUGGAGAAUGCUACCCAUGAUAACAAACGAGCUAAGAAGCUUAGACGUUAUAUCAUUGUAGAAGCUGUCUAUCAGAAUUCUGGUCAAAUUGCUCCAUUGGAUGAAAUUAUCAAGUUAAAGGAGAAGUAUCGAUUCCGUGUCAUACUAGAUGAAAGCAAUUCUUUUGGAGUUCUUGGAAGUUCUGGUAGAGGUCUAACUGAGCAUUUCAAUGUUCCAAUUGAGAAGGUGGAUAUUGUCACUGCCGCAAUGGGACAUGCAUUGGCCACUGAAGGAGGGUUUUGCACUGGGAGUUCCCGAGUGAUUGAUCACCAGCGUCUCAGUAGUUCUGGUUAUGUAUUUUCUGCUUCUUUGCCUCCUUAUCUGGCAAGUGCUGCAAUCACCGCUAUUGAUGUUCUGGAAGGACAUCCAGAUCUCAUCACAAAAUUGAAGGCAAAUAUUGCUACUCUCCAUAAAGGUUUGUCAGACCUUCAAGGCCUUGAGAUUGUCAGCCAUCCAGAAUCACCAAUAGUUUUUCUGAGACUGAAGAGGUCCACAGGAUCGACAAAGGGUGAUCUUCAACUCCUUGAAGAUAUUGCUGAUCAUUUAUUGAAGGAACACUCCAUUUUUGUUGCAACUUCAAAAAGAUCAACCGUAGACAAAUGCAAGUUACCCGCUGGGAUUAGAUUAUUCAUCUCUGCUGCUCAUACAGAAUCUGAUCUGGGAAAAGCGUGCGAAUCAUUAAAGAGAGCAACAGCCCUUGUAUUGGCAGGUCAAUGAAUCGAGUUUGCUGAUUGAGGUUCCGUUAACAAAGGGAUUCUUAGCUGCAGGGCUCUACUGUGGAAGCCACAAGACGAUGAAGAAUUCACUUAAUUCUAUCCCCUGUGAUUGUGAGUUAUAAAUUAACUCCGAUUCCGUUACUUGUGUUGGUUCUUCACACGCUAUGGCUGUAAGACGCUCCAAUUUGAUAACUGGGGACUGCAGUACGUUGUGGUCCGCACGCUGUUAUUUGGUCUAAUUACGCUUCUCUUGUUUUCCAUGUAGUUUUCUGGUUAUACUAUUUCGAACAUAGUUUUCCAAUUUUCACUUCGCAUACAGUUUUAUGUUUUAUUUACCAGAGCUGUAAUGAGACAGGCCCAUGGGAAAAGGCUGUCCGUUUGCUGGUCAUCCAUGACCUUACAAGGAUUUCCCCACACUUAGUUAUUUCAGUGUCUGAUCUUAGAAAAUAGAUGAUGUUCUGUCA